GCCAGAGCCGCUUGUGCCUUCCAAAGACCAGAGCUGCAACAACAAGUCCUGUGCAAGUAGCAACCUGGGCCCCUGCAUUUUCUGUCAGCGAAGGAAGAACCUCCUGAGAUGGCGACCAAUCAUGACCCCACUGUAAUCCCAAUGAUAGAAAGGCAUCGAUGUGACCUUCCUGAAACAAACACCAGUGACCCGGAGACACUGACUGAAGAGGCUGUGCUGAGUUUUCACAACAUCAGCUACCGAGAAACAGUGCAGAGUGGCUUUCCACUUCGGAAAAAGACACAAGUGAUAGAAAGACUAUCGAACAUCAAUGGGAUCAUGAAACCUGGUCUCAAUGCCAUUAUGGGACCUGAAGAUGGGUGCAGAUCUUUGUUAUUAGAUGUCUUAGCUGCCAGGAGUGAUCCAUGCGGAUUAUCAGGAGAUAUUUUGAUAAAUGGUAAACCUCGACCUACUAAUUUCAAAUGUACGUCUGCUUAUGUCCCACAGAAUGAUGUGGUGUUGGACACAGUGACCGUGAGAGAUAACUUAGAGUUCUCAGCAGCUCUUCGUCUCCCAAUGACUGUAACAAGAGAUGAAAAAAGAAAACGGAUUGAUGAGGUGCUGGAACUUUUGCAUCUGGAAAAAGAACAAAAUAUCAAGCCUAGAUGUAAAGAAGUCAGGAAAAGGACCAGUAUAGCAAUGGAGCUGAUCGCCGAGCAUCCCAUUGUGUUCUUGGAUGAUCCCACCACUGGCUUAGACUUGAGAACUAUGACUGAUAUCAUCUCAGUCCUGAGAGGGAUGUCAAAGAAGGGACGGACAAUCAUCUUCUCCAUCAGUCAGCCUCAGUACUCCAUCUUCAGAUUUUUUGAUAGCCUCACCUUAGUGGCUUCAGGAAAAGUUAUGUUUCAUGGACCUGCACGAGAUGCUUUGGAAUACUUCACAUCUGCAGGUUACAAAUAUGAGUCUCACAACAACCCUGCAGACUUCUUCCUGGACAUCAUUAAUGGCAGUUUCUCUGACACAGAGGAAGAAUGUCAAGAAGCUGAUGAACAUAAAGGGCAUUUUGAGAGACAGUAUCAAGUCAAAGAAAAAUUGGCCAAUAUGUAUGCCCAGUCCCCGUUACACAGUGACACAAGAAUCCAACUGGAUCAACUCUUGGGGGAACAGAACCUGGAGAGGAGCUCAGCCUUGGAGACCACAUGUGCCACCCCCUUCUGGCAUCAGCUCAGGUGGACAACCUGGCGAUCAUUCCAAAAUUACAAGGGUUUUCCAUGGGUCACUGUGAUUCAGGUAAUUAUCAAUGUCACAUUGGCGGCGGUUGUGGGUACCACUUUCCGUCUCCUACAGAAUGUUUGUACUGAACUUCAGACAAGAGCUGUCCUGAUCCUCCUGCUCACAGGCUUCCAGUGUAUGACAAGUGUGACUGCGGGGGAGCUAUUUGUGAUUGACAGGGAUCGCUUUCUACAUGAGCAUAGCAGUGGAUACUACACAGUGUCAUCCUAUUUCUUCGGGAAAUUGCUGGCUGAGCUAAUACCCAGGAGGCUGUUGCCAAGUACUGUAUUUACUCUGAUAACAUAUGUCACAGCAGGACUAAGAACAAGUGUGAAGGUUUUCUUCACUAUGGCAUUUACUAUCAUGAUGUUGGCUUAUUCUGCCAGUUCCCUGUCACUGUCUUUAGGAGCUGGGGAGAAUGUAGCAGCUAUAACAACACUACUGAUGAUAAUCUACUUUGUGUUCAUGCUGUGUUUUGCAGGUCUAUCACUAGACACAGACUUCCUGCCUGUACUCUCAUGGAUUCAGUACUUAAGCAUUCCUCAUUAUGGAUUUAGGGCUUUGCUGCAUAAUGAAUUCCUGGGACAAAACUUCUGUCCAGAACACAACACAGAAGAAGUCAGUAGAUGCCAUAACUAUGUAAUAUGUACUGGUGAAGAAUUCUUGGAGAUCCAGGGCUUUCAUCUCUCAUCAUGGGGCUUCUGGGAGAAUCACCUGGCAUUAGUUUGUAUAAUGAUUAUCCUCUUAAUAAUUACUUAUGUACAAUUGCUACCUCUUAAGAAAAGGAUAUAUUGUUAAAUUACCAUUUUUGUGUUUUCAUAUUUAAAUUUCAAAUUUGUUUAAAUUAUCCUGACAUUAAACAGAGACUGUCUACUUUUUUCUCUUUCUUUUAAUUUGUAUUAUUUUGUACCAUAAAUCCAGGAAAUGAACCUGCAAGUGACAAGGUACUAUGGUGGGAAUUUUCUACAAUUAUUUAAAGAGUUGUGUUUCCAAACUAUCUUCUGAGUGUUUAUAAUUAUAUUCACAAACAAAUGCUACAUCCAGCAUUACCCAGAUAGGAUUUUUCUUCUGUGAACAGUAGUGAAUGCAGAGACUUAUGGCUGCUCACAAUACAAGAUUAAGGGACAACCGAGGGCUUAAUUCAAAAGGACACCUACAGCACCGCCUGUACAGCUCAGAGCAUUGUGGAAUAUGGGGUGAAAGAGUGCAAGAGCCAGAAGAUGAGAAGAAGGCAUGGAAAUGCAAUAUUGUGGUCAUGCACAGCCAUGGCAACCAUGGUCCAGACUCUACAGUUAUCUGCACAAGACUGGAUUCCUCACCAGCAUAGGAAAGAACAGAAGGGAACUCAAUGGGCCCUUCCCCCAUCCUGCUCAACUAUUGGCUUCUGGCAGAUCAUGCAGGAGAGGUAGUCACUGAUUCACAUUUAUACUCACAUUCAAGCCUACGGGACUGCAGUGGAAGUCUGAAACCCCAGAUCUGCAGUUUCUGGUUAGGAUUGUUUAAACUCUGUGGGUCAUAAGACAAACCCAAAGAUAUGAAGGUGAGAAAGAGAUUUGUAAAGAGGAGCAUGUGAAGGAGUGUAAGGGAGAUGAGAACGGUGGUACGGAGGGGGAAUGGCUGAAAUGCAUUAUAUGUGUAUAUGGAAUUGUCAAGUUUUAAAUUAAAAUUAUAAA